AUGUCCCGUUUUGCUUUCGCCGAGGGUCCCGCCCAAUAUCGACCGUUCCAGCUGCAGAAGCGCCUGUUUCGCGUUCUCGGUUACUACCCGGGAGAUGACCGAUUGGCCCAUUGGGGGAUGCUUUUGGUGCUGUUCUUUCACUACUGGUCCCAGGUGAUGCUGAUCUACUGGGAGGGUAAGCACGCGUGGAUCAAAAUCGGCGAGGGGGAUCUUCAGCCGGCACUGGAGGGCAUCUGUCCAACGCCGUCCCGCUUUGGUGGAAUCCUGAAGUGUUGCAUCUUGAUCUGGAAGCGGAAACAACUGAAGCAGCUGUUGGACAAGUUGAAAGGGUGGUUUGACCGAGAAGAACCUCGUGAAAAGAAAGUAAAUCUAUGGGCAACCUACUGGGGAUACCAAUUUACCUACUGGGAACUGAUGUUCACACACUUGACGUGCGUAUUCUACUGCCUGCUUCCGGUAGCUGCGAUGCUAUUUCAUUUCAUGAAGCAACCGGAUGAACCUAGAAUUUACAUUCUACCGUUUAAAUUGGCACUCCCAUUUGACUACUGCAAAUCGCCCGUCUUUGAGAUAACCUACCUGAUCAUGUGCUACAUUGCCUACCCACCCAUCUUCAUGAUGGCCGGUGGUGACGGUUUGUUCAUCGGUGUUUGUCUACUGAUUUCGAGUCAGUACCGCAUCGUGCAGCAGGAACUGGAAGCUUUGGGCAAUUCCGUUGAGAGCGACCAUCAUCGCGGCACGGGCGAGGUCACCGCCGAGGAAAACGACCACGUUUUCGAGCAACUGAAACUGAUUGCCCAGCGACACAACCGGACGAUUGAUACCACCGAGGAGAUGUCGCGUCUAUUUUUGCAGAAUGUGUUUGCCAGUUUUACCAUUGCAGCCAUCAAGAUUGGCAUCGCUUGUAUCACGGUCAUGAAGGUGAGUCCCGCGGAAGGACCCAAUAAACUCAUCUUCGUAUGGUACUCGCUGGGCAUUUUGACGGAGAUUUACCUCUAUUCGUACGGAGGAACGCAACUGAUGGAGGAGAGUGAGGAACUAAACCGGACCGCGUACGAUUUUCCCUGGUAUCGCUAUCGAAAGAACGUCCGGCAGAUUAUCCAGAUGAUGAUGCUUCGCGCACAAAAGCCAUCCCGCGUCGAUGUGCCGUUCUUUGAAGCUUCGGUUGUUACAUUUUCAACGAUUCUUCGGACUGCUGGAUCUUAUGUGGCCUUGAUGAAAACCUUUUUGUGAAAUUACAACAAAAUAUAUCAAUUAGUUUUAAUUCAGUGCUAUGCACUAAUGUUUUGAAUACAGCACCGCUUCUUCAAAUACAUGAAUGAAUUAGAAUGGACUACAAUUUACUAAGUAUACCAUAAAAAUAUA